UUCAUUACAACCCUCCCUAGGGAGACAGUAAGGGGUAAGACAGUUAGCACUGCUGAAGUUAGGAACUUACUUUAAACAGUUUCCUUGUCUUCCCUGUUAUUUCGUAAAUAUUACAUAUUCUCAACAUUUAAUGAGAUUUCAACACCCUGCUGUGUACUUUUUGAGAGAUUUAUCUUCCUACACGAGAUAGACAAGCCCUAUUUCCUGCCCUGUUGAAGAUCUACAAUCUGGACAUUACUGAGACAUUUCCAGAAGGAUUGUCCAUAAUUUUAGAGAUAAUGAGUGAAUACAAGACAAUUGUUCUUCAACAAGGGUUAGAGGAUGUGGAUGUGGAUGACUACCAGUUUAGGAAAAUCAAGUCCUUACUAAGACAAGAACUAAAGCUAACAAAAAAGAUGCAAGAUGACUAUGACAAAAUUCAGAUAGCUGACCUGAUGGAGGACACAUUCCCAAAAGAUGCUGGACUGAACAAGCUGAUAGAAGUGUGUCAAAGAAUUAAAGAACUUGAAAACCUUGCUAAAAGGCUUAGAACAGAGAGAGCAAAAGUAAAAGGAAAAUCCCCACUGAGAAAAAGGAAGCAAGAAGCAGGCUCUGAUACACCCACAUCGACUACCAGCAACACCGUAGCAUCUGAUGGAGGAGAAACUCCCACAGCUCAGAAAAGAAAAAGUAUUAAUAAAGAAAAGACUGGAGCAAAAAGGACCAAGCAGUCUGAAGGACCAGAUCACCCUCCCUGUCCUGAGGAAUCGACAGCCAGCUGCCAGUCCCCAGUGCUCCAGGUCUCAUCUUCAGCUUCAUCCAACAUGCCUUUGGCUAAGAACCAAAAGACACAGAUCCAAACUCAGAGCAUUGCCAGAGGUGCUGUUCUCCAAAAGGACGCCAUGACAGUGAUGGUGCUCAAUGCAAUAAACCCAUUUGUAUAUGAGUCAUCAGAACACGAAGUAAAGAAAAUGUUUCACGCCACAGUGGCCACUGUGAAUGAGUAUUUCCAUGUGAAAGUUUUCAACAUCAACCUAAAAGAGAAGUUCACAAAAAGAAAUAUCAUUGUCAUCUCCAAUUACAUCAAGUUCAAAGGAAUCCUGGUGAUAAAUGAAGCUUCAACUGUGUGUGAUGCUGGUCCUGACCAAAAGAUUGAAGUCCCCAAACGUCUUAUCAAAAGAGCAAAUGAAACUCCCAAGAUCUGUCAUAUUCACAAGGGUGUAGCUGGAACGCUAUUUUAUGGGUUGUUUACAUUACACAAGAAAACGGUGAACUCAAAGAACACAAUCUAUGAAGUAAAAGAUGAUUCAGGAAAUAUAGAAGUUGUAGGGAAUGGAAAAUGGUACAACAUCAACUGUGAGGAAGGAGAUAAACUUCAACUCUUCUGCUUUCAACUGAAAACAAUUGACAAGCAACUGAAGUUGAUGUGUGGUGAUCACAGUUUCAUUAAGGUCACCAAGGCUAGGAGAAAAAAGAAAAUACCCACUACCCAUUUGAACCCAAAAGAUGAAGAAGAAAGCAGCUACCCACUAAAUCAAUUCAGUGCUUCUAACAGUGAAUUUUUUAAAAUAGAGACACCAAGCAAUUGGUAAUAAACAACAGCUUUAGUAGUACAUCCAAGCAUUUAACAGUUUCCAUAUCUGAUUUGUGAUUACGUAUUUUCAUUUUCAAAAUUUCUUAUUGUUCUCUUUUGCUAUGAAAGUAACACUUGAUCUUAAAUUCUCAAGUGUAGAAAUAAUAAUUUUUUUAAAAGGAUGGGGGAAAGGCUGGGUUGUGGGAGAAGGGAGGGGAGGGUGUCUGUAGCUGGUAUGUAAAAUGAAUAGAAAAUUUCUUAAUAAAAAAAAGAAGAAAAAAUGAUACCAUCAUUCAGACAAAGAAGCUGUCCACAGUAUGGGGAAAGACUUUUGCCAACUGCACUGCUGGUGGAGGGCUAAUAUCCCAAACCUAUAAAGAACUCAAAAAUCUAGAAAACCAAGAAAACAAAUAGCCCAAUCGGGAAAUGGGGUGAAGAACAAAGCAGAGAACACUCAAAAGAGGACACUCAAAUGACUGAGAAACACUUAAAGAAAUGUUCAACAUCCUCAGUCAUCAGGGAAUGCAAAUCAAAACUAUUUUGAGAUUUCAUCUGAAACCUGUCUGAACAGCUAAGAUCGGGAGAACAAGGAACAGCCCAUGCUGGUGAGGCUGUGGAGGAAAGAGAACAGGCACCCAUUGCUGCUGGAGUGCCAACUCGUACAGCUUCUGCCAGUCUCCUUGAAGCAUUGUAAAUGCAGUUCACUUUUUUUUCUGAUUUUAUCUAAGAAGCUUUUUCCAGGCUCAACACCAUAAGAUUGUACGUUUCGCUCUCUUUAGAAAGUUUGUGGUUUAGCUCUUUUCUUUUUAGCCUGUUAUCUGAUUUUUUCCUUAUUUUUAAGAUGUGAA